AUGGCACUAACCACGGACUACUCCAAGCUCAGUGACGUGAUCCACCAGUCACCCGAGUCACCCUCCCUCUACAACCAAGCAAAGUACCACACACAAAAACAGAAUGACUCCUUCUACGAUAUAAAGCGGUUUAUGUGUUUGGGAAGCACUAUCCCUGAUCAUGCCAAGUAUGAUGUGGACCACUUACUAGACGAAGGAGAGAAAAAAUGCAAAGACCUUUUAACUGAGUCCUUUAAGGUGGUGGGCUACAAGUACUGCACUACCAAUAACAACGACAACGUCCACUUUUCCAAACUUUUCAAUGAUCACUAUUCGAAUUUGUUUUACUGCAUGCACCUGCACAAUGAUGAUAAGAAAUGCAACUCCCUCUUCAAGAACUUUUACGAAACGAUCAGUCGUGGGCAGCCCAUCCCGAAGUAG